AUGGAUACACGAAGAAAAGAAAAUUUACCUAAUAUAGGAUCUUUUGGACGCUUCUUAGCCACAUCAUUGGGCUUUACAAGAAAUCUUCGUAAAGUCAUUGUUUAUUUUAAUGAUACAGAAGUAAUUCAUCUGACAAAAGAGACCAAUAAAUCACUUUCAAUUAAUAUGGAUAUUGGACUAAACAAAUUUUCGCCAAAGAAUAUGUUCCGAUUAAAAUCUGUUGAUGUAUGUAAUGUUCGACUACAUUUUAGAGGAUUAAUUGGUCCUGAAAAAUCACAAAUAUCACAAUCCACUUCUCUGAAGAUUGCAUGUGGUAAUCUGGGUGUAGAUGUGUCUAAAUCUUUUAGUGAAGAGAUGGAAUUUGCUACUAAAAAAAAACCACCAAAUAACACAACAAUACAAAUGAUUUUUACUGGACACGAUGAACGCAAUUUGCCAGGAAAUUCUAAUAAAGAAAUAUUAAAUAUUUUUAAAGACCUAACACCAUUUCCUGAUCAAGGUAGAAUAUUCAUUGGAUUUCCAACCCAUCAAACCACAGGUUGUUCUGUGCACUUGGCAGCUCGAGUGAUUCCCACAGUUGAACGUGAAUCAAUAGAUUUAGUACAUAAAACUUUAUCAGUGUAUAAUAAGGAGAUGUUAUGUUCAGCCGGAAUUUUGGCUCGUAUAGUGUAUGAUGAUGAAAUGAAUCAAAUUUCAAGGCUAUGUAUGGAUAUUGACCCAAAAUUAUUAAACUCUGAUGAUAAACAAGAUAAAAAAGGUUUUGAAUAUUUACAGGAAUGUUCUGUACACAUUUUACAACACUUUACAUUCAAAACAAGCACGCCUAAUAAUAUGGUUGCAAAGAUCAUUGAAUCUCAAUUUUUUGACUGCACAAAAAAAUCGCUACAAAUUUUAUCUACUCAUGGUGUUCUGCCAAUUAAUUCCGUGCGGGUUCCAAAUAAAGAGGUGGUUUCAUUUAUCAAAACAAUUCCUAUGGUCCCAUUCUCAUUGUUUACCGAGUGUUCAGAAUUUUUCACAAUAGCAAAAGAUAUUCUGAAAUGCAUUAGUGAGAUUUCAAUGGAUGAUGUGUUCGAGGAACUAAAAAGACGUCAAUUUAAUAACAAAGAAUUAUCAGAUUUGUUCAAGUGGUGGAUAGGGUAUCGUUCCAAAAAUGAUAUAACCGAUGAACAAUUUCGUAAAUUUAUGUGCCUCGUUUCUAUAGGAGACGAUCUUACACCUCUUAAUCAUAUUCGCUACUUCUUAAACCCACAUGUUAUUCCACCAACUAUUGAAGUUCCACCAGAUGUUUUACCUUACUCUAUUAGUAAACCAUUACGAAAAGAAGACUUGGAGGCUCAUUUUGGGGAUUGGACUGAGCUUACCAUCUUGACGUGGACUCAGUAUAUUUUUACAAAACCUGGAAUAGAUGAUCCUGAUUUUGCAGAAAAAAUUUUGAGAAUCAUUUCGCAUCAAUUUAAAAACUUGUCAAAGUCUGACCUCAAAGCAAUAAAAAAAAUCAUGGCUAAAAAGAGAUGCAUUCCAACAGUAUCUGGUAUGAAAUUACCUAAAGAAUCUUACUUUCCAGAUGUCAAGUUAUUACCUGAUCUGCCGAACGUUAAUUUAAAACAACACAAAAUAAAAAACACUGACGAGUUUUUAUUGUUUAUUGGCGUGAAAAAACAUGUUGAGUUGCAACUUGUGUUUGAUCGACUUUUUAAUAAAGGAAGUUGGGAUCAUAUGGAGUUAAUAAAAUAUUUGGCUUCAAUUGACCUUGAAUAUGAUGAUAUUGAAAAAUUGAAAACUUCGGUUAUAUGGCCAAUUGAAUUUGGAAACAAAACCCAAAAAUUUACAGCAAAAGAAUUAUAUGCACCAUUGCCCAAAUUAAUUGAACUUAGAUUACCCAUCAUCAAAUGGAAAGGCCGAUUUUAUAAAAAUACUAAAGAAGGAAAAUUUAUCUUAAAACUUGGUCUACGUGAAUAUCCGCCACUCGAUGAAAUUCUUAAACUGGCAUCGAAUCCUCCUAUUCGUCAAAAAGCAUUUGAAUAUUUUCUUGAUAAUUUUAGAGAUAAAUAUGCUAAAGAUUAUGAUGCAAGGUCAAUAAAUGUGCCAUUUCUGCCGUGCAUGGAUCCAAAUGUUUAUUCAGAACCCUCAAAAUGUUUUUUUAAUCCUGAAUGUGCAAUAAUGGGAUUUAAUGUACUACGCAAAGAUUUACGUUGUAGAGCUGAAGAAUUGGGUGUAGAGCAAUAUCCAAAUUACUUGCAGUUGUCGGAUAAACUAAUCAAAGAGCCUCCAGAAAAUGAAGAAAAGGCUAAGCUGGUUUUUGAAUUUUUAUUUUCAUGCACAUCUAGUUCAGACUCGACUGCUUUUAGUAAAUUGAAAUUUAUUCCAACCCGUGACAAAGAUCUACCUAAUACAUUCAAAUACAAUCUUCCACAAGAUUGUUUUUUCAAGAACUCUGAAGAAGAAAGUAUCGAGUUCAUAGAUUUCUUUCAUUAUGUUGAUUUUGGAGAUAAGGCAAAUAUAUUUUUACGAAAUUGUGGUGUCAAAGAUAAACCAUCAUCAACCCAACUAGCUGAAUUUCUUGUCGAAUCUUCAGAUGCAUUUUUGGAGAAAAUUGAUGGAAAUAAAAAUAAAUACAUCUCAAUAUUGCAUAAAAUUGCUAUUGAUUUUUCUUCCAUCAAAAAGAAUUCAGAACUUUUAUUCAAGAUGAAGCAAGAACGAAUCUUACUAGGAAGGAACAAUGACGAGGCAGACAAUGAAAAAUAUAAGUUAGCACGUGCAAAAGAUAUUUAUAUAAACGACAAUUCAUUUUAUGCUGACAUGUUUAAGCCACUAACUUGCCCCAUCGAUGAAUUAUUAGAAAAGUUAUAUCGGGCCAUACCUUGUGUACCUGACGAAAUGCUAAUAAAAGAAAAGGUACCACGCGGUCAAAAAUUGGAUUAA